UUGAUCCCACUUUGAGAUUCCAUUCUCUUUCUCUUUCUCUUUCUUUUCUUCUUUGCUUCCUUCAUUUUCGCUAACUUGCACGCCCUUGUUGCCUAUGGUAUCUUUUACAUUCUCCCCCGCCUUCUUCUCUUAUCCCUCCUUCUCUUCUGUCAGUUAUUUUCUAUGAUCAAACCAAUGCUUUCCUCCUUCAUUGAAAUCUAUCACCACUUGCUCUAGGUAAAGUUUGAAGAAGAAGAAGAAGAAGACAAUAAUAUAUGUAACAUGAUGGAGUAUAGAAAGCAGAGAUCAGAGAAAUUGUACGAUGAUGUUCUUGAUUUGCUGCCAAUUGAUCCCUUUGGUAUGGAUUUAACUGCUACUCUUACAGCAGUUUCUGAAUGGCUUAAGGAUAUUGAGAAAGAUUUGGAUUCUUUAGGGUUUAUAAUUUGUGAAGGUGUUGAGAUGAACAAGGAAGAUGAUGAUUCUGUAUAUAAGGGAUUGAAUCUAUUCUGGAAUGGUGGUCCUGCGCAGUUCACAACAGAUGGGAGAAAAAGGAAGAUUAAUGAAAUAUCAAUGCAAUUCCACGAAGGGUUAGGGAUAGCUUUAUGUGAUGGUGAUCUGGUAAUGGGUAGCAGCAACAUAGAUGAUGAUGAUGAUGAUGAUGAUUCAAUGUGUUUUGGCUAUGAGAAAUAUUGGGUCCAGGGGGGUGAUGUUGAUGAUAAUGACGAUGAUGAUGAUGUUCCUAAUAGUAACAUUUCUGAAGAAUGUUCCAUUAUUUGUGUUGAUGAUAUCGAUAACAAUGAUGGGGCGUGUCCCCACGAUGCGAUGUUCUUCGCACUUGGUUACCUUGGUGUGAAGGACCUUCUUAAUAUCGGAAUGGUUUGCAAAUCUUUUCGUGGUACUGUUCAAAAUGAUCCUCUUCUUUGGAGGAGUAUUCAUAUAGAUUGUCCAUUGAACAAAACGCUCACUGAUGACAAAUUGUUAUGGCUGACUGAUAGGGCACAAGGCAAUCUUCAAUGCUUGUGUCUGGUUGAAUGUACUAAAAUAACUAUUGGUGGUUUGAGGCGUGUACUUGAAAGGAACCCUGGCUUAACAAAGCUUAACAUUCCUGGAUGCGCGACACUAAGCAUUGGAAAUAUCAUAUCUUGCUUAAAGUCAUAUAAAUCCUCAGCCUUCCCUGGAAUAAAGCAGUUAAGGGUAGGUGGUCAUCAUGGUGUGACAAUGGAACAAUUUGAGGAGUUGAACUUCUUACUAGAUAUUGAUUGCAAAAAACCAAUUGUUUCCCAUAAACCUCGGUUCUAUGGUGCUGGGAAUUUGUAUCUAUCUUGUGAUGAUGAUCGUCCUAUUGAUAUCGAGGCAUGCCCAAAGUGCCAGAAACCGAGGCAAGUCUACGAUUGCCCUGCAGAGAGUUGUCAAUCGUGUAGAGCUUGCACCUUUUGCAUUGCUCGGUGCAUGAAGUGUGGUCAUUGCGUAAAUGAUAGUGGUUAUGAGGAAACGUUUUGUCUAGAUUUGCUCUGCUUGGAGUGCUGGGAGCAAAUUAUGAACUUUCGUGAGGAAAUGGAGGUUUCGGUCUCAUCCUCAAACUGCAAAAGCCUCCAUCAACAGGCAAGUUUCCGUUUUUGUGUAUUUGGUUAAGAGGUCAAUUGUGCUAUUAUUGAAGACUAGGAACAAUUCUAUCAUUGGUGCGGUUUUUUUAAGUAUCUGGAUCUGGUCAGACUAUGUUCAUAUAUAUGUAUAUAAAUACACCCCUUUUUUCAAACGAAAUCUCGAAUGAACAAAAAAUUGGAUAAAAGGGUGUUUCCAAAUGAUGCAGUCUGUGAAAGUAUACUUGUUAGUGAAAUGACAAAUGUCCAAGAUUGGUUGGCAAAGUGAAGGAACAAAUAGAGAAACUGGAUUGGAUUCUGAAGGGUGAUGAGAAGAUGUUGAUGAAAUCUAUAGGAAAGUGGUCAAUAUUCAUGAAAUUGAAUUGUCAUAAAGGGCGAAAUCUAAACACUUUUGUGCUUUUCGCAAAAAUGAAGUAGCAGCUAUCAAGAAAUAGGUAUUGGAGUCUUUUUUUUUUUUACAUGACUAAUUAAUAUUGAUGAAAUGAAUAAAGUAUGUGUGUCUACUUGAAAUGAAUCAAAUUUUCCUUUUAUAAGCAACAAUAACUAGGUUUCUUUGUUUAGACAUAACAAUAUGUGUACCUCUUCCUCUAUUGUCUUUAAAACAAUUUAAUUCAGGGCAACACUUGAAUGUUGGUAAAGAACUAUAAAACCAUUAGCUUGCAUCUC